AAAAACUCCGCGGGAAAAUAGAAAAUUUUUUCACUGUCAGUUUAGCAAGUCAAGUUGAAACUUGUUUGGUUUGAGUAAAAGGCGCAUCGAACUUUAUGUUCGAAAAUAAAUAACAAUAUUUAACUAAUAUAGUAGAGUGCAGACAUACAUUUAUAGAAUAAUCUUCUAACAAUUGAAUUAUUAUAAAAAACAAACAGAUAAAUAUUUAAAAAUUGCAAUGGCCACGAUCAGAAGUGAUAAAGAUAUUCAAGAGGUUUCAUGUCCAAUUUGUAAUAAAAUGUAUCAAAAAACGAUGAUUGAGGAGCAUGCUAAUAAAUGUUUGUUUUUGAAUUCUUCGGAAGACAGUAAACUUAAGCAAAAUAAGGUAGAUCAAGUUACUUGUAAAAGGAAUAAUUCACAUUUAAACAACUUAUCUAUUCAAGAAAAGCGUCCUCGCAUAAGCACAAGCCCUAGUACUUCUAAAACCGAAAAAUCACCUUUAGCAGAAUCUUCUAAGAAAACUCAGUUGAAGGAAUCUAAGAGUAUACCUCUUGCUGAACGCAUGAGACCAUUGUACCUUGAAGAAAUAAUUGGACAAGUGCAGGUUUUUGGUCCGGGAUCAAUGUUAAGAUCUUCAAUAGAAAAUAAAAUUAUACCAAACAUGAUUCUUUGGGGACCACCUGGCUGUGGAAAGACAUCUUUGGCAAAUGUGAUUGCUAAUAUUUGUAAAGAGCAGAAUAACUUAAGAUUUGUUAAGUUAUCUGCUACAAUGGCAGGAAUAAAUGAUGUCAAGGAAGUGGUGAAAAUUGCAAAAAACGAAGCUCAGUUUAAAAGGCAGACUGUAUUGUUUAUGGAUGAAAUCCACAGGUUCAACAAACUGCAGCAGGAUACAUUCCUACCUCAUGUAGAAAAUGGCACAAUUAUUCUUAUUGGUGCUACAACUGAGAAUCCUUCAUUUAGUUUAAAUAAUGCACUGUUAAGUAGAUGUAGGGUUGUGGUCAUGGAAAAAUUAAGUGCUGAUGAUGUAUUAAAAAUACUAAAGCAUGCACUUAAAAAGACUGGAAAAGCAAUAAUUGGGAAUGGCAAACUAGAUCUUGAAAAGACAGCUUCAGCUGAUUUACCUUGGUGUAUUGUGGAAGAAGCGUCUUUGAAAUGGUUAGCAGAAAUAUGUGAUGGAGAUGCAAGGGUUGCGCUAGGUGCCCUAGAACUGGCACUUGCUGCAAGAGCUCCUGAGACAGCUCGGUCAGAACCAGCUAUACUUAGAUUUGAAGAUAUUGUUGAUGGUAUUAAGAGAUCACACAUGGUUUACGAUCGAAAAGGAGAGGAACACUAUAAUACCGUAUCAGCUAUACACAAAUCAAUUCGUGCCAGUGACGAUAACGCUGCUUUGUACUGGACCACGCGAGCUUUGCACGGAGGCGAGGACCCUUUAUAUAUUGCGCGGCGUCUGGUGAGAGCUGCUUGUGAAGAUAUAGGAUUAGCUGAUCAGUCUGCGAUAGUGGAAGCUAUGGCAUGUUUACAAGGUUGUCAGCAGCUUGGGAUGCCGGAAUGCGAUGUUCUGCUUGCACAAUGUGCAGUAAGACUUGCAAGAGCACCUAAAAGUACAGAAGUAUACCGUGCUAUGAAAAGAUGUCGAAAAUCAUUGAUGGAAGCAAAAGGACCUCUUCCACCAGUUCCACUUCAUUUGCGUAAUGCGCCUACGAAGCUAAUGAAAGAACUAGGUUAUGCAAGAGGUUAUAAUAUGCUGCAUAAGGAUAAGUCAGGAUUAAACUAUAUGCCAGAGGGAAUGGAGGGUAAAAACUUUUUUCAAGACAGUGAUGACUUGAAUGAAUAAAUGUAUGAAAAUUAAACCAUUUAAAUACUAGGUGUCAAUGUUUU